UUUAUAAAUAGAAUUAAUACUUGAUUAGAACCAAAAUAAAAAUUUUAAAGCCCAAAAUUCUAAAUUUUGUUAGGAAAAAGAACCAUCCGCAUCGGAAUUGUUGCCAUCGUCUCCCUUUUCUGUUUUCUCUAAUCAAACCACCGUCACCAUGGUGAAGGUGUACAAACCUGGCCGUGUGGUCAUCCUGUUGGGUGGAAGGCAUGCCGGCAAGAAGGCAAUAGUGAUUAAAAGCAAUGAGGACGGAACGCAAGACCGCCCUUACGAGCAUGCCCUCGUAGCGGGUAUCGAGCGGUACCCACGCAAAGUCACUAAAAAGAUGAGCAAGAAGAAAAUUGCUAGGAGAUCUAAGAUUAAGCCUUUUGUUAAGGUGGUGAAUCUUAAGCAUGUUAUGCCAACCCGUUACACAGCUUCGGAUAUUAUCUUUGAUAAGGCAAAGAUCAACAAGGAAGCCCACAAGGACCCUGGCAAGAGGAGAAGGAUCCGCAGAAUUGUUAAAAAUAAGCUUGAAGAGAGGUACAAGACUGGCAAGAAUCGUUGGUUGUUCCAAAGGCUUAAGUACUAAAUAAAUUUUUGAAGAGAAA